UCAGCAAGACAAAACAGAGCAUUACUAAAAAAAAAGUAAUCAAAUGGUGGAUUCAUUGUCACCUCCACCACCAAGAUCCGCCACGGAUCUAUUUUCGGAUCCACUCGACACCCACCCGCUUUGGUUCAAACCUAACCUCUUCCUCUCUCCUGAUUUCGACUCCGAAUCCUACAUCUCGGAGCUCCGGACUUUCGUUCCCUUCGAUACUCUCCGCUCGGAGCUCCAGUCCUAUCUCUCCUCCCUUAACCACGAACUCAUCGACCUCAUUAACCGCGAUUAUGCCGAUUUCGUUAAUCUCAGUACUAAGCUUGUCGACGUGGACUCCGCGGUGGUGCGAAUGCGCGCGCCGCUGUUGGAACUAAGAGAAAAGAUCGAAGGAUUUAGAGGAAGCGUUGAAAGUUCACUGGUGGCAUUGAGGAAUGGAUUGCAACAGAGAUCGGACGCUGCUUCUGCCAGAGAGGCUUUGGAGUUACUUUUGGAUACGUUUCACGUUGUUUCUAAGGUUGAGAAACUUAUAAAGGAGCUACCAAGUGUGCCUGGUGACUGGUCAAAUGGAGACGUGAGCUCAACUGUAAAGAAUGCUAUAAGUAACGGCUCUUCCUUACAAUCAGUUGAGAAUGGAACAAAUUUGAGAGAGACUCAAAGUAUGCUUCUCGAGAGGAUUGCUAGUGAGAUGAAUCGGCUCAAAUUUUAUAUUGCUCAUUCACAGAAGCUUCCUUUUAUUGAGAACAUGGAAAAGAGGAUUUAUAGUGCGAGUUGUUUAUUGGAUGCAAGUUUGGGACAUUGUUUUGUGGAUGGAUUGGAACACCGAGAUGAAAAUGCAAUUUACAAUUGUUUACGUGCAUAUGCUGCCAUUGAUAAUACUAGUAGCGCAGAAGAAAUUUUCCGCACGAGUAUUGUUGCGCCACUAAUACAGAAAAUUAUUCCACAUGGAUCAUCAGGAAUGGUUGCUGGGGUAUCUGGAGAUGGACUCGAAAAUGACUAUCACCAAAUCAAGCAAUGUAUUGAGAAAGACUGUAAAUUUCUUUUAGAAAUAACUUCUGAAGAGAAUUCGGGCCUCCAUGCAUUUGACUUCCUGGCCAACUCAAUCUUGAAAGAGGUUCUCUCAGCAAUUCAAAAGGGAAAGCCAGGUGCAUUUUCACCAGGAAGACCAACUGAAUUUCUGACAAAUUACAAAUCAAGCCUGGAUUUCUUGGCCCAUCUAGAAGGCUAUUGUCCAUCCAGAUCUGCUGUAGCUAAAUUUCGAGCUGAAGCUGUUUAUGUUGAAUUCUUGAAACAGUGGAAUGUUGGGGUUUAUUUUUCCUUAAGAUUUCAGGAAAUAGCAGGUGCUCUGGAUUCUGCACUUGCAGCAAAUAGUCUAGUCCUAAUUGAGAACUUACAUUCUGGCCAAACAAAUUUGCAAGACCUAACAUUAAAACAAAGUGUCACUCUCUUGGAGAGCUUGAGAUCUUGUUGGAGAGAAGAUGUUCUCAUCCUCUCGUUCUCAGACAAGUUUUUUCGCUUAUCUUUACAGCUUCUUACAAGAUACUCAAGUUGGUUAUCGUCUGGAUUGGCUGCAAGGAAGAUGGGUAAUUCAGGCUCCAAUACUGGAUAUGAAUGGGCUAUUUCAGCCAUGCCUGAUGAUUUUAUUUAUAUUAUUCACGACAUAACUGGUCUGGCCACAGUGGUAUGUGGAGACUAUCUUGAGCACAUACUUCAGCUUCUCUCUUCAUGUUCUGCGGACAUUCUUGAUUUAGUAAAACAAAGCAUUUUACAAGCUGGAAAGUCAUUAAAUGAUUUAGCACCUCUUGCUAUUAAUGCUAUCAUUGAGACAUUGGUCAAUAGGGCUGUUGAGGACUUGAGACAAGUGAAGGGAAUAUCUGCAACUUACAGGAUGACUAAUAAGCCUCUUCCUCAGAGACAUUCACCCUAUGUCUCGGGAGUAUUACAACCUUUAAAGGCUUUUCUGGAUGGGGAGCGAGCAAUGACAUAUUUAACCAAGGAUAAUAGGAGGGAAUUACUGGUUGGUGCAGCAACAGAAAUAACUGGUCGUUAUUUUGAAUUAGCUGAUGAGACUGUCAGCGUGGCUAGGAAAACUGAAGUUUCACUGCAGAAAAUACGGCAGGGUGCCCAAAAACGAGGUGCAGCAAGCUCAGAUGCUACAGAUCGUAGCGUUUCCAACUCAGACAAGAUAUGCAUGCAAUUGUUUCUUGAUAUCCAGGAGUAUGGACGCAACCUCUCAGCACUUGGUGUUGAGGCAGAUAAUAUUCCAGCAUAUCGUUCUUUGUGGCAAUGUGUUGCUCCUCCAGAUAGACAGAGUUUGAUCAGGUUCUAAGUAGGCAUUACCUGCAAGCAGCUUGUAAAUGCCUAAUUUUUAUUUUUACUUUAAAAAUCGAAAUACUCUUAGAAUAAGCUGAGUUUGCUAUGAAAUAUUUCUAUUUGUUGGACAGAAUGCUUGGCUUAUACAUAUAUUUUGGUUGAGUGGUAGGAGAGGCUAUAAUUUGUAUUAAAAUGUUUUGAUUCAUCUAAUAAAUGUAACCUGGAAUUUUGUUCUGA